AUGCAGCACCGAGGCGUCCUCCUCCUCGCCCUUCCCCUGCUGGCGCUCGCCUCCGCGGUGGCCAAAAAGAAAGACAAAGUGAAGAAGGGCGGCCCGGGGAGCGAGUGCGUGGAGUGGACCUGGGGGCCCUGCACCCCCAGCAGCAAGGACUGCGGCGUGGGUUUCCGCGAGGGUACCUGUGGGGCCCAGACUCAGCGCAUCCGGUGCAGGGUGCCUUGCAACUGGAAGAAGGUUUGGAGCCGACUGCAAGUACAAGUUUGAGAGCUGGGGGGCGUGUGAUGGGGGCACGGGCACCAAAGCCCGCCAAGGCACCCUGAAGAAGGCGCGGUACAAUGCCCAGUGCCAGGAGACCAUCCGCGUGACCAAGCCCUGCACCCCCAAGACCAAAGCCAAAGCCAAAGCCAAGAAAGGGAAGGGAAAGGACUAGCCGCCAGGUCUGGAUGCCAAGGAGCCCGGGGCCGGUGCCCUCCCUCCCACAGGCCCAAGAGCUCACCUACCAGUGCCUUUUGUCUCCUCGUUAGCUUUCUCAAUCAUACCCUGCUGCUUCCCUUUCAUUCCUCCACCCCCCACCCCCACGUGUCCCACAUGGGGAGGGACAGGGGACUGUGGACAGCUUGAGCCUCCUGCCCCAGAGGGAUUUGAAUCCCGGUACCCCCUUUUGUUCUUCCCCACAAAGAUGCCAUUACUGAGAAAUAAAUAAACCGUCGUUUUUUGUUUUUUUUUUUCCUUCCCAAUAAAAGCUUUUCCUUUAAUAUAUAAAAGCCCCAACCCAGGGAGUUUGCUGUGGUAAUUUGUUGGGGCAGAGACCUGUGAAGGAAAGGGAAGGCAGUUGGGACUGGCUUUCAGGGGGCUGGGGGCUUGGCGGUGAGUGCUCCCCAGAGCUCAUGGAAAAAGCAGAAUGGUUAUGAAAAUCGCUUCCAGGGCCCCGACUGACUCCUGAAAGGGUGCCCCCGUCCAGUCCCCUGAGCCUUUCAGUCUGGUCUUUCCAGGGACCACACCAAGGCUGGGAGGGAGCCCAGAAGGCUCCCUGGAACUGACACUCCUCAUCUCAGCCACUCUCAAGCAAAGGUCUUUUGGUAUAGCCCACUACCAAGACAAGGUUCUGUCCAUUGGGAGAGGAGAGGAGAGGUGGGGGCUGCUUGCCUGCCUUCCCCCCUGGCCCCGACCCCCCCAAGCCUGUGUGGGUCAAGUCUGCCCCCAUUCUCCCCAGAGACCCAGGCCUCCCUCACACGCCCGCAGAAGCCUGCUGGGAGGGCUUUUCAGAACCAGGGGGGGCCUCUCUGCUCAGCGUGGGACCACCGGAAGCCAGACCUCAGUUCCUGAGUGUGAGACACUGACCUCCCAGCUGCCCCAUCCUGACUGUGACCAAGACAGUGUGGUGGUGGUGGUGGGGUGGCCUGAGAGCCCACAACAGCCUGGCCUCCAGCUAGCCCACCCGCCC